CGCAAAAGAAAGUUUAUUUAAAUUAAAGAGAGUCAUUUUGAAAUGUACGAUUAUUUCAAUAUGUCAUGUUUAGAUGAUAAAACUGCGCUUAGAUUAAAUAUAAAAGUAAACAGUGAAAAUUUAUUACCAGUUCCACAAAAAUACAAUGUUGGAUCAUUAAGAUUACCUGAAGAUCCAUCAUGGCCAAAAAUUCCACAACGUAAAUUAGCAGAUGAUGCCGAUGACAUCAUUCAUCCUCCAUACAUUAUUACAUUAACAGAUACACCAAGGAAAAGUCGUUCUACAGUACGUACGCCGCAAUGUCAAUCAUUCAAAACAAUGGAAAUGAAAGAUCUAAACUUUUCCGUCUAUCAACCACUUAAUACAAUGAAAAGGAAACCAAGUUCUUUGGAUCCUCGUUUUAAGCGUACGACUGCAGUUAAAAAUCAGACUAUACCGACGACACAGUCUAAUAAACAAAAUAAUCAUUUGAAAGAACCACAGCAGUCUGCUCUUAUCUUAGAAAGAUCACAAUUUCCCUGCAAAACGAUGAACAAAACUGCUUCUGAGAGAAAUUUAAAUAUUCAGCAGAUAAUACAAGAAAAUAUGAAGAAGCCAGAAAAUGAAGAAGUAAUUAAAUGUAAUAAUAAUCAAUUUAAACAAGAACUUCUAAAUGGAGGAUUACUUCAAAAAAGUAAUGUGGGAGAUAACAACACACUGGAGUGUAAAGCUAACGUAGCAAAGGAUCAUAAUACAAUAAAUUUAACAAAUAUAAAUAAUGCAAGUAUAAUAGAUUCUGUAGACAUUAAAGAAAAUAUUGAUCCCAGCUCAGAAAAUAAUAAAAAUAUCAUAAAUAAAGAAAUAUCUAUGGGUGAACAAAUAUCAACUUCUAUCUGUAAUGAAAAACAAAUAUUAGAAACUAAAGCAAACAAUGAUUUAAAAGGGCUACCAAAAAAUCAAUCAUUACAAUCUGCUAAUGAGUCUGAUAGUCCAAUCUUGCUUGUAAUGGAGAAAAAAGUACAUCCUUUACCUAUUGACAAAAUAUAUGCAACACAAUGUUACAAUGUACAAGUACCAAUAAUUACAUAUCAAAAUGUACCUUUAAAAAUAUCGACUUGUCCAUCGGGAGAGAUUAAUAUUUCCCCUUAUAUUGCAACUACCUUGCCAAUAACUGACUUAUAUACAACUACGCAAUUUCAAGUAAAAGAUACAAACAUUCAUACAUCAUCGCUUGAAAAACAAAAUUUGGAUAAUCUACAAAAACAAAAUGAAGUAGUAAAUACUGCAAAAAUUGGUACUAUAGAUAUUCGAGAUAAGCAGAAAAAUCUUAUUUUAGAGAAUAAAACGGAGGACAGAUUUUCAGAACAGUCCACAGUUGAAGAAAAUUAUUAUGAUACUUCUUCUUUACCAAACAACAAUAAAAUUCCGAUUUCUGUUGGUAAUAAUAAUAAUGUUAAUUGUUCUAACGAUUAUUUAAAAGUUAUAUCACAUCAACGACCAACAGAAAUUAGUGAUUCAGGUGCUUAUACAUCUAUUAAAAUUCCAAAUUUAAAAAAAUGUACUUCAAGUAAACAGCGGAAAAUGAGAUCCGAAGAAAAUUUGUCGCUAAAAAAAAAUACAUAUGGUAAAAAACUCUUUCAAUCUUCGGAACCACAUAUUACAUCCAGGCGAAAACGAAUAAGAGCUAAUUUUUCUAAAAGAGCCAGAUCUUACUUUCAAAAAAAGUCUAAAUCCAGAGUAGUCAAUUCUAAUGGCACUUUAACACAGCCAAGUUAUCAACAAACAAACUAUAAACAUGAUACAAGAUUUUUGAAAAUUGAACAAUAUACGAAAGAUAAAAAUUGUCAUUUCUUAAUGUUAAAGAAACCUAUUCAUGAAAGAAAUAAGGAUAAAAAUAUGGAUUGCAUUAAGAUGGAAUCUUCGGUUGAAAAUCCCACUAUCUCUUGCGAUGUCUUUUGUCAGCAGAGUAAGGAAAAUAAAUAUAAUAGUUUGGAAAGAUUGGAUAAAAAUAACUCUAUUGAAAGUUCUGUAAGAAUACCUCUUAAAACGCAAGAACUAUUAAAUAAAAGUUAUCUGGAAUACUAUAAUAAAUUAAAACAAAAUUCAGGCAACAUGGAAAAUGUACGACAAAAGUAUUUUCAUAAAGUGGCGUUAGACGCUCCUUAUGUUAAAAAAAGAAAAAGCAAACUAUUCUGUAAUAAUAUUUAUAGUGAUCGAACUAAAUUUAAUCCAGAAAUACAAACAAUAGAACAAUGUUCAGCUCUAUCAAGUAUAAUUAAUAAAAAUCUAGAUUCCACUGUACAACAUUUGAGCGAUACAACGGAAACAAAACAAAUAUAUGUUAAUAGAAAUAUCAGAUCAUCUUCAGAUCCUACAGGAGGAAUUCAAAUUAAAACGAUACAAAAUGUAGCUUCUAAGAUACCCGCAGAUAUUUAUGAAAAUUCCAUUACGUCGUCUACGUUUGUACAUAAAGUUAAACAUAAGAAGGAGAAGUAUAUCGAAAAACGAUUUCUUAAAUUAAAAACCAUCCUAUUUUUCGGCACCAUAAUGUAUGCCCUUGUUGUAUUUUUACCUAUGAUCUAUGAUUACUUCUUUUACGAAGAUUACGAUGAUUACCAGGAUUUGGCGUAUAUCGAAUUUAUAGUAGAUUAUACGAUUUCGUCUUUUAAAGAAGCUUUUAGUAGUUUUUUUAAUACAUUUUAUAGAAUCUUUUUUCAGCCGCAGCGUGCCUGUAAGAAAUGUAACGGCAUUUCUUAAACUUGUUGCUAGCGAUUAUUUCAUUACAUACAAAAUGAAAGAUGAAAAGUAUUUUUUGAUAUACAUAUAUUAUUUAUUAUUUUUAUAU